CAUGCCCACUCGUUCACCCCAAUUGAGCAGCUGAAGAAGCUCUUAACAUCUCGGACAUCAACUCGUGAAUCUUCCGGGGGAUAGAGCCCCUCCCCAGCGUAUCUGGAAUUUCCGAUUGUAACUCUUGCAUUUAUGUUUCUUCUUUUUUCCCCUCUUUUUGUCUGUGUUGUCGUUUAAUUUGUAUAGACCAGAACCGAACAUUCCAAAAAUGCCUUACCCGUUUGUCCUCCCCACAACAUCCUCCUUCUCGUUUUCUUCCAGCUUCACCAGCGAAUCGCACCCCUCGUUGCCCCUCCAAGCCAGCACCCAUCGCGGCGUUGUCCGGGACACACUCAAGAAAUACAAGCGCCUCCCUCCGGCCUCGCAGGCAUCCUCUCUCUCCACCGUCGCGUCAACCCUGCAGACCUACAUUCCCUAUCUGCUCGCCCUCGACGCCGGACUUUCUCCAAAGGGCUCCCACUCCGCCGACAAGCCCUCCGUCACUCUCACGGCCACGCCUCAAAUAGAAUGGCGCCCGACACUGUCCGGUAGCUCGCUGCCCGGCCGCGAGCCCCCGCGUGUCAAAAUCCACAGCCUCGAGCACGAGAUCUUGUUCGCGCUCUCCGCCCUCGCGAACACGCACACCCUCCAAUCCCGCGCCGCCCUCCAACCCCUCUACCUGACCACCACGGCCCCCGUGGGCACCACCCAGCGCCAGACCGCCAUCACCACCGCCACCCGCCACCUCCUCGACGCCGCCUCCAUCUACGACUACCUCUGCGCCCGCCUUUCCCUCUCCCCGGCCGCGGCCGCCCAACGACCCCCCUGCCCGGACAUCGCCCCGUCGACCCUCGGCGCGAUGCGGUCCCUCGCCCUCGCCGAGGCGACCCUGCUGGCCGUGCUCAAGGACGACCCCUACCCGGCGGCCGUCGCCCAGGCGCGCAACCCGCACGACACCGAGUGGAUGUACAAGAGCCCGGACGUGCCCAAGGUGCGCGCCCACCUGUUUGCGCGUCUGUGCCUGGCCGCCGCGGAGCACGCUUCCCAGGCCGCCGCGGGGCUGGCUUCUUCGUCUUCCUCGUCUUCUUCCUCUUCCUCUCUCACUAGUUCUGGGUUGGGGUCUGCUGGGAAGGUGAACGAGGGCUUGGUGAGGUACGUAGAGGAUCUGAGGAGGACCAGUCGGGCGAGAGCGUGCCGGUUCUUUGGGAUCGAUGCGGAGCUUGGAGGGGAAACGGGGACGGGGAUCGCGUGGUUGCGAGCGGGAUUGGGGGAGCUGGGUAUUGAGAGGAAAGGUGACGAGAGAAAGGGCGGGGGGUUGAAAGGGCUCAGGAAGGAGUGGAGUGAGAAGAGGGAAGAUAAAAAGGUUGAGCGGGGGCUGGACUGGGGGGCGGAUGGCGGAAGGUUGGAGGAAACGAGAGUGCUCGAGAUGCUGGAAGCGAAGUGGGUGAAGCAGAACGAUACGAUGCUCACUCAGCCGAUACCCCCUGUUGGCCCGCUCCUUGCACAAAUGCCCUCGGGACGCGAAAUCCACACCAUCAAACCGUUUCACCCACCAGUAUUGGACUCUGAUGCUCUGGAGGCGAUGCGGGCACCGCCUGAUGCGCCAGACGAAGUGGGCAACUAUCCGAGUUCGGACGAAGACACAGCAGUGAAUCCAAUCCCCGGAGCGUUUCCCGGCGUUUCAGGGCAGUCCCGGUCAGGAACGCCAGGCUAUUUUUGAUGAGAUUUAUUCGACAUAGAUACCAGCAGCAUGAGUAAUUAUGAAGUUAACAUGGUUCAGUUCAGCCAGCUAUGCUCGACCUAUCGCAGGCAUCACACCUCCAUCCCGAUGUGUGGACCACCUAAUUCGCCAUCUGGUGACUUACCAGUGUAGAUUUCAAACGCUGUUGACGGUCUUGAUGUGAUUCCACCAGGGAUGUCUCCACGAGGUCGACUCGACGGUACCUCUUUGAGUCUGACUAGCCUCGCUCGGGGGUGUGGUCAAGAUGCCUGCACAUCUACUCGCGGGACCAGCGGCUGAUAGCCGGACUAGUAUCGUCUUCGUGUAUAGCUUCA